UCCAGCCAAUGCCAAUGCCAGUGUGAGUGUGUAGCAAUGUGCGACAAAGUUGAUUAGACCCUUAAAUUUUCACGUGUAUAAAUAUUUCCUUCUUAAGAAAUGGGGAAAAUUAACGUUUCUCUUCUUCGUUACUUGAAUACAGAAGACUACCGUGUUUUGACGGCUGUUGAAAUGGGCAUGAAAAAUCACGAGCUCGUCAACACAAAAUUGAUUGCGACAAUUGCCCAGCUAGCAGGUGGUGGAGCCCACAAAAUCCUUAUGAGACUGUCCAAAGAACGAUUGGUUGCUUAUGAGCGUGGAAAACAUUAUGAUGGUUACAGAUUAACCAAUUUGGGUUAUGACUUUUUGGCCCUUAAAACCUUUGUGAAGAAAAAUGUGCUUCAUUCUUUUGGUAAUCAGAUUGCGGGUAAAGAAGCUGAUGUCUAUGUGGUGGGCAAUGAAGAACAAAAACGGCUGUGCUUGAAAAUCCACAGAUUGGGGCGAACGUCUUUCCGCAAGAUUAAAGAAAAACGAGAUUACCAUCAACAUCGUAACAACGCCUCUUGGAUUUACCUUUCCCGACUGUCUGCUACACGUGAAUUUGCCUACAUGAAGGCCCUUCACGAGCGUGAAUUUCCCGUACCCGAACCCAUCGACUUUAAUCGUCAUUGUGUUCUCAUGGAGCUGGUGAACGGCUACCCCCUAUGCCAAUUGAGAGAGCUGAAGGAUGCAGGUGCACUGUUUGAAGAAUUGAUGAAUUUGUUGUUGAAAUUGGCCAAUCACGGUGUGAUUCACAGUGAUUUCAACGAGUUCAACAUCAUGAUUGAUGAAGAUGAGAAGCCCAUUCUGAUUGAUUUCCCACAGAUGGUGUCCACCAGCCAUGUCGAGGCUGAACAGUUUUUCGACCGCGACGUGAAAUGCCUCAGAGAUUUCUUCAAACGACGUUUCAAUUUUGAGGGGGAAGCAUAUCCUGCUUUUAGUGACGUGGUGCGAGAGGCUAAUAUCGAUGUGGAGGUCUCAGCCAGCGGCUAUGUCAAAGAACUCGAAGAAGAAUUGGAAGAAGAUUAUGAAGAAGAAUCAGACAAUGAAGUCGAAGCGGAUCACGACGAUAUACCGGAAGAGAAAAUCUCAAAAGAAGUUCCGCCCUCUGAAAAUAAAACUGUUGUUACUGAACGUAACGUAAAAGAACCAAACACAGCAGAGUCGACCCCAGAUGAGCCGUUACCAGUUGAAAAUAAAAUUCUUGAGCCGAUCAGCGAUCCUGCUGAUCUGGAAUACGUUCCAGAAGUGCCUAUUGAAGGGCUAGCAGAAGACGCCGAAGAUGUGGAACAACUUUCAGAGAUGUUAACGGACUGGUCCGGCAUCAAAACCAAGAGAACCGGAGCUGGCAGUACCGCUUCCAUGUCGACUAUCCAUCCGGAUGUCAUCAAACAGAGAGUGAAGAGCACCAUAACAAGGCGACAGAACAUGCAAGCAGUGCAGAGAAUACGCGCCAAAGGUGAAGCAAGUGCCGCCACCCGAAAGAAGCGAGAAAAUAAAGAUAUGAUUCGUUCUGAUGGUAUCUGGGGAUGGGACAAUUGAAAAUUGUAACUUUGACAUAUACACUGAGUUGUUAACAAAA